AUGCCUUCUCCUCCUCCCGAAUGGGUCAAGGCGCUGACGCCUGCGAGCCCGCAGGGCACCGACCUGCUCAAGCAGGAGCGUGCCCAGUCCAAUGUUGAAGUCGACAAGCUUGCAGAGUUCCUACAUACGAAAGCCUUCCUGGAGAAGCAGCAGCGCUUUGUUGAGCUUCUCUCGUCCGAGAAGGUCUUCGACAAGUCCCAGAUGCACUCCCAGGGUCGUUCUGAGCGGAUCCAGCGGGCAUUGGCCAAGGGUAAGCGACUGCAGCAGUUGAAGGAGAAAUACAACUGGUCGACCGAGGAUUUCCACUUUGCCAGUGAGAUGAUUGGAGAGCCUACUCCGUAUGGUCUCCAUGCGAGCAUGUUCUUGGUGACUCUCCGCGAACAAUGUACCCCGGAACAGAAGAAGCUCUUCCUUGAACCCGCCGAAAAGUAUCAGAUCAUCGGUUGCUACGCACAAACAGAGUUGGGCCACGGAUCGAACGUGCGCGGUCUGGAGACCACCGCGACAUGGAACCCCGAGGACAAGACCUUCACCAUCCACUCGCCUUCCCUUACAGCCUCCAAGUGGUGGAUCGGAUCCCUCGGACGCACCGCCAACCAUGCGGUGGUGAUGGCGCAGUUGUUCAUUGCUGGCAAGAACUACGGGCCUCACCCUUUCAUCGUUCAGAUUCGCGACCUCGAGACGCAUCAGCCAUUGGAGAAUAUCUACGUGGGGGACAUUGGACCCAAGUUUGGUUACAAGUGA